AAACUAAUAAUAGUAGUACUAAACGCAGCAUGAUUAAGUCUGCUUUGCUUCCCCUCUUCCUCUCCUUUCUUGUCUUGUGUCAUGGCUGUGUAGCCUACAGGCAUCAGCAGCAGCAGCACCAGUGGCAAGGACAGCAUCAACAGCAGCAUCGGUUCCGAGGGCAAAGAGAGUGUCAACUUCAGGACUUCUCGGCUCUCGAACCCAGUACUCGGAUUGAGUCGGAAGGUGGGGUCACCGAGUACUGGGAAGAGAACAACCAACAGUUGAAUUGCGCUGGUGUUGCCGUGAUUCGUCAUGUCAUCGAACCCAAAGGCCUCCUCUUGCCUUCGUACACCAAUGCUCCUAAGCUCACCUACUUCGUCCAAGGUAGAGGGUUUACUGGAGUUGUCUUCCCCGGUUGCCCUGAAACAUACCAAUCAUUCCAACAGUCAAAAGGAAAAGGAGGAAGUCGGAGGUAUGAAGAUUUUCAUCAGAAGAUCCGAAACUUCCACCAGGGUGAUGUCAUAGCCUAUCCGACUGGAGUAGCCCAUUGGUGGUACAACGAUGGUGAUACACCGGUCGUUGCUGUAACUGUCAUCGACACUAGCAACAAUGCCAACCAGCUCGAUCAGAAUCUCAGAAAAUUCCAACUCGCCGGAAACCAAGAGAAUCAACAAGAAAACACCAGCCAGCAGAAAUCAACAAACAACAUUUUCAGUGGCUUUGACACAGAGACACUGGCUGAGGCUUUCGGUGUAAGCACAAAAACGGCGAGAAAGUUACAGGGCCAUGACGAUGACAGAGGGGAGAUUGUGCUAGUUAAUGAUGGACUUCAAGUAAUAAGACCACCAAGAUCACAAGAGCAGAGAGAAGAGGAAGAAGAAAAACAACAACAACAAUCGAGGGACAAUGGCUUGGAAGAGGCCUUUUGUAACAUGAGGCUUAGGGAGAACAUAGAAGACCCCUAUCGUGCAGACGUCUACUCGUUCAAAGGAGGCCGCCUCAGCAGGCUCAACAGCCAGAAUCUCCCCAUCCUCCACCAUCUUCAACUGAGUGCUGAGAUGGGAGUACUCAACAAGAAUUCCAUCCUUACACCACAUUGGAACAUGAACGCCCACGCUGUGGUCUAUGUUACAAGAGGAAGUGCUCGUUGUCAGAUCGUCGAAGAGAACGGCAGGCUGGUGUUCGAUGACGAGCUAAGUGAAGGUCAACUGCUGGUGGUACCACAGAACUUUGUGGUAUUGACACAAGCUGGAAAUGAAGGGUUCAGGUGGAUCUCCUUCAAGACCAGUGACAAUGCACGGAGGAGUUCGCUUUCUGGAAGGAACUCGAUUAUGCGGGCAAUGCCGGAGGAGGUGUUGAUGAACUCAUACCAGAUGUCAAGAGAAGAAGCAAGAAAUUUGAAGUACAACCAAGAGCAGAUGGAAGUGUUUAGUUCAAGGUCAAGGUCAAAGAGGCAGUCUUCCUCUUAGGUUGUUUGUUUUUUUUGGUUAGAGGAGAGAGAGUUGGGUCGUGAAAUAAAGAACGCAAUAAACAACCUCUUGAUAAACUUGGAAGGUUGACAGUGCUUGUACGAGUUGUGUAAGUGUAGCAUCUUAUACACUCAAAUAAACAACUACUUGACGUGAUUAUAUUAUCCAUUCAC